CCAAGCUGGAGCUUCUACCUGCCUCCUUCACUGUGUGUUUAAUGAAUACAUGCUCUCUGCCACAGGGUGUAGACUGCCUACUAUCUUAAAUUAAAUCCGUUUAAACUCAAUCAAAUGGGAGGUCACAUUUGAAACAGGUCUUCCUCUACAUCUUUCCUCUUUCUUUUCCAGAGCCAGGAAGAAGCAUACGUUUGAGUUAAACGUCUCAGCUGAAAGAUAGCAUGAGAAGUCUCUUCUAUGCCCGAUGUGUAAAGAAACUGUGGGAUUCAGGACAAGUGUCCAGGUUUCUUAAAGGGACAACGCUGCAAGGAUCUGCUUGCCACCUGAAACAUACAAAGGUGAUGGAAGAGGAAAAACCAUGGGCUCUGAUCUCAGAGGUUGGCGACCAGGGAUAUGCGGAAGAAUUGACUGAUAUAAUAAAACCACACUUCCAGAUCGUCUGCCUCAGAGACUUCCUGCUCAACCCUCUACUAUACGGCCACAAAGUCCAGGCUUUGUUGGUGUGGAACAGCUUUCCCGCAGUUGAGCCGUCACUGCUCACUUCACUCCCAUCACUGAAGGUGGUGGCCAACGGAGGAGUGGGCAUCGACCACCUGGAUGUGCCGUACAUCUCCAGCCUCGGGGUGAAGGUGACCUACACCCCCGGUGUGGUGAACGAGGCCACGGCAGAUAUGGCCAUGGCUCUACUUCUGUCCUCAGCGCGGAGGGUUGUUGAGGCUCACCAAAUAGCUGUUGACCCCAAGACCACUCAUAUACCACAGUGCUUUAUGGGAGACGAAGUCACAGGGGCCACUCUGGGGAUCAUUGGAAUGGGACGUAUUGGAUAUAAAAUUGCGCAAAGAAGCAGGGGAUUUGACAUGAAGGUCCUGUAUCACAACCGGAACAGGAGGAGUGUUGAGGAUGAGCAGGCAGUGGGAGCGAGUUACUGUCAGAACAUGGAUGACCUGCUAAAAGAGUCUGACUUUGUGGUCCUGGUCGUGAACCUCACCCCUGAAACCACGGGUCUGAUCAGCCACAGAGAGCUGUCCCUCAUGAAACCCACAGCAACACUGGUCAACGUCAGCAGAGGUCUGGUUGUGGACCAGGACGCCUUGGUCAAGGCUCUGCAGUGUGGGAAGAUCCGAGGGGCGGGGUUAGACGUGACUCACCCUGAACCUUUACCAAGGGAUCAUCCUCUACUUGGUCUUUCUAAUGUGGUGAUCACCCUCCACAUCGGCACCAACACCUACACAACAAGCAGGAGGAUGGUGAAGAGGAUGAUAGAAAAUGCUGUGGCUGUGCUGAAAGGUCAACCUAUUCCAGAUGAAGUCAAGCCAAAAUGACAUUACAUUGAUUGUGUGAAUGUACAAGAGCUGAAAUGUCUCAGAGAGAAAGAUAUACUGUAUAAUGUGUUAAUCUCCAUAUGAAUACGUUUUAUCUUUUUGUCUGUAUGUUGCUCUGUUGGUUGAUUCAAACAAAAGUCUUGUGUUAUUUUGAUCAGAUAACUGUUAUCCAUCAUGUUACAUUUUCUUUCAAGUCAGAUCUCAAUGCUGUUUUUAAAUUUGUUUCCACUGGUGAGUUUUUGAAUUAAUGGUACAAAAAACAUUGUUGUCAUAAGGAACAUCACAGUACUAAACUCUUAUUAAAAUAUUAUAGCAUCACUCUUAGUAUAGUAAAAAUUUUUAGCGUUAUUAAUAAUGGGAUAGCCCCAAAUCUAGGAGAUAUAUUAUUAUUGUCAUGUUAAAGAAUAAAGCUGACAAUAUCA